AUGUGCGGUCAACUUAAUCAUAACAAUACUGCUGGCACAGCCAUUUAUAAGAAAAGCAAGAGCAACGAGAGUGACGAUAAAGGUAACAGAAAAAAAACAAACCAUUUUAUAGAGCAAAACCAAUAUAAGGAUAUUGCAUUACAGAAAUUAAAUGAAUUAUUUGAUUUUCAACAUUGUUUGAAAAACUUGGGUAUGAUUAGUGUCGAUAGUGGCACUGUUGGUUCUUCUUCUUCUUCUUCUUCACUAAAUUAUAAUGGCAGUACAAACACUAACAACCAUUCAGUUUGUUUAUGUCCCAGCAACAGCAGUUCUACUAAUAAUGACAAUAAUAUUAAGCAUAGGACAAUUAUACUUCGAUCAUCAAAAAAAAAAUGUAUUAAUGACAAUAAAAGCAAUCCCGCAAAUACUGACCAGAACUAUACGUAUAAAAAUAACCGUCACUUCAAUACUGAUAAACGUGUUUACAAAAAAAGAUUAUCUAAUGUUCUGACCAAUAAUACUGAUAUUACUGCUAAUACCAUUACUAUCACCAAUUCCAGCUCAACUGCAAUAAAUAACACAUGGAAGGCUCCGGUAAACACAAAGGUGAUACAUCUUCCAUUCUCCAGUAACAUCAAAUGUGCUACGCAGAAUAAUGCUGCAACCAGUAAUAAUUACAAUACUCGCAGUUUGAUAGACUCUUAUGAAAAACUAUUGCUAUUGCAUGAUUUGAAUUCAGGCGAAAUCUAUGACUAUUAG